CAGCCUUAGAGGUGUGGCUAAUGAUUAAAACAGCCAGUGGAGGACACCUCAGCCCUCAUCCUCCAAGGUUUAGGGCACUAAAGCCUCGUCUACUCAUAGCGCUCACUGGCAUUCUGUCAGGUUUUGUCUUAACUUCUUUUCCAAUGGCUCGAGAAUUAAAAAUCCUCUGUGUCCUUUGGCUGGUUUUAGCCUGUCUUGCUACUGAAAGCUCGAGAGGACAAACUACUGCACCUUCUGAACCAACAACUAGUGAAAGCUUGGGAGGAGAAACUACUAUUGCACCUUCUGAACCAACAACUAGUGAAAGCUCGGGAGGACAAACUACUGGUCCACCUAUUCAAACGCCCGGUACUGAAACCACGGGAGGAGAAACUACUGGUCCACCUACUCAAACGCCCAGUACUGAAACCACGGGAGGAGAAACUACUGGUCCACAUACUCAACCACCACCGACUGAAACCCCGGGAGCAGGCCCUUGUUAUCCGAACCCAUGUGGAAGUGGAAGCACCUGUGCCCCUCGUCAUAAUGAAACCUUUGUGUGCUUGUGCUUGGCUGGUGAUUUCUACAAUGAUGGCAGUAAAAUUUGUGAGAAGGCCAAAGUGUUCCCUGGACAACUAACCCUGCCUGGAAUUGUGUACGAUGACACUAUGGCUGACAAGAAAUCAAAAAACUUUCUAGACACCUCAAAAAACAUUACUGAAGCGCUGUCAGUUGUAUUCGAAAAAAAAUAUAAUGAUUACUCUGGAUCUAUAGUGCUGGACAUCCGGCCCAUUAACAAAGCCAAAGUUUGGUUAAGGAACAAUGAUGGGGUCAUUACAACUGUAGAGAUCAUCUUCACACCAAGCGCUGGCAUCAAAACAGAAGAGGUUUUAGAAGUAAUGAAGGAUGCUUCCAAGUCUUCAGACACUGCACUGAAAGGCUCAACUUUUAAAGAGGAAAAGCUGUGUGAUAAGGAGCCCUGUGAUAACAAAUCCACCAAAUGCUCAUCACGAGAUGGAAGUUUUACUUGUGAAUGUAUGGACAACUACAUUAAGACAAACUUCAGUGACAGAAUUUGCAUUGCUUGUUCCAGUGGCACAAAAGCUGAUGGAUCCUCCAAAUGUGUCGCUUGUCCAUUUGGUUAUUCUGGUUUUAACUGCAAUGAAUCAUGGCAGCUGACGCUGGUGAUUGUCGGGUCCGUGUUAGGGGGACUGCUGCUCAUCACACUCAUUCUUCUACCCAUUGUGGCACUUAAAUCCCCAAAGAAGAGUUCCAAGAAGAACAAAAAUGGAGACAUUGGGACUUAUGUCACCCACUCUCCUGCCAAGGCACCAUUGGUUAACGGCAACCACACAGCCUCAUUUAAUGGGCAGGCCAAUUCCUUUGCCAAUGCUGGGGUGCCUAAGAUCCCACGGGCCACAACCAACAGUAGCUGGGACAACAGGACCAACCUGGAGAUGACUCCAAGCAAUAGCCGGCAAAACCUAGUCAAUUCGGGGAGGAACAUGCGGCAGUUUGAAGACGAUGAUGACAUGCCCCCUUAUGCUCAGUCUCGACCCCAGAGCAGCCUCUAUGCUCAGGCUCGACCCCAGAGCAGCCUCUACGCUCAGGCUCAACCCCAGAACAACCCCUAUGCCCAGGAUCGAGCCCAGAACAACCCCUAUGCCCAGGAUCGACCCCAGAACAACCCGUAUGCUUCGAGCCAAGGCCACGCAAACCCUUACUACAUGCAUGACAAUGGAAGACGGUUCAAUUAAUGAGGAACCACAAAGGUUUAUCCUACAGUGACACACCCAGAUCAAAAACUUGUUGAGGUUUCAUUGGAAACACCUCAGAAUAAAAUUUUCCCUAAAAAAUAACUGUUCACUAUUAAUAUAGUCUUAUGGUAAGAGUUGUUUUAACAGAAGCACUAAUUAAUAUUACUGUGCCAUAUGGCAGGUAUGUUCUUUCACCACACUGACCAGCAUUGUUCUAUUCUGUAAGCUGUUAUAAAUCAUUCCUGUCUUUGCUUGACUAAUCUCUGUGUAAGCUUGAGAAACAUACACUGUAGUUAUCUUUGCCGUCUAUGAAUAUUGAUAUUACUUACUUAAAGAUCACCUCCAGACAUGUAUUAUGACAUAUAAAAAUAAUUUGCUUGGAACAUUUAUGUGUUUCAGAUAUUUUUUUUCUGCAAAAAAAAAUAAUUUACACAUUAAAAUCCUUAAAAAGGCAUUUACUCCUUCUACCUCAAAUGUCUCCUACUUUAUUAUGAAGUCCAUUCUCAGUGUAUGCGAUGUCACAAAAUAUGCGUGUAGUCUGUAGCCCCUUAAAAUCGGAUUUUAAAAAAGCACAGAGAAACUUUCCACUUUCAUGAAAAGCAUAUUUUUGAGUAGACAGGGACUUAAGGAAGUGUAAUUGUUUAAUGGCAUUGAGUCAGAAAUUGAUACUCUGAUCAGGCUGAAACCCAGAAAUGAGGAUGUUCAUUAUCUUUCUCUUGCAAUGUUAUUAAAUGGCUCGUCUAUGAAUUUACAAGUUAUUAUUUCGCAUGUAAAAUGAUUUAAGGUUUGUUUUUUAAGUUUCUUUUGUUCUAAUAAAAUUUAAUGAGUUAUUCUUUCAAAUUAGGGCAUAUUAGUCCAUCCAUAUAUUUUUAAAUGUUUACUACAUUGAAAUUGUUUUGUCUGUUUUGUAUAACUGAGAGUAUAUUUUGUGUAUUAUUAACAACUUUAAUGUCUUAUUGACAAGAAGCUGUUUAUUUAACAUGAAUAAAAUAAAAUAGCAAUAUUUCCGUGUCCAAAA